AUGAGCAAAAAGCAAGUUUUUUUCUGGAAACGAGUAGCUACUUACUUCGCAGCUAGUCCGAAGGUUGAAAGAGGUGACAAGCGAGGGGCAAUCCAGUGUAAACAAAGGUGGCAGAAGAUAAAUGAUCUUGUCUGCAAAUUUGCUGGAUCCUAUGACGCUGUAACAAGGCUUAAAACGUCUGGUCAGAAUGAGAAUGAUGUCGUAAAGGCAGCACACGAGAUCUUCUACAACGAUUAUAAGGUGAAUUUUACCCUCCAACAUGCGUGGGAGGAGCUACGCUACGACCAAAAAUGGUGUGAAGUUUCUACUUGUAAGAUGGGUGGAACCGCUAAGAAGAGAAAGUGUGACGAUGGUGUUCAAUCUUCAAGCUCUCAAGCAAAUCAAGGUGAGCCACGUCCUCCUGGUGUUAAGGCGUCGAAACGAGGAAGUGCUAAGCGUACCAAUGAAGAUCUCUCUGAGUUUCAAAGACUGUGGACAAUUAAGGAGAAAUACUUGGCCUCGAAAGAGAAACUCAAGAAGAUGGAUCUGCUAGACACUCUCAUUGCCAAAAAAGAGCCAUUAUCUUAA